AUGUUUCGACCAUGGGAAACCGAAAAUAUGAACACCUCGGCUGUACUGAAGACUCCCGAAAUACCUGAAAAAAUUGUAGUUAAAGAAACUAAAUGCCCUGAGCCAAUUAAUUUGAGAUCAGUUUUGGCUUACUUGAAAGGUCAGGGAUAUCCUAGCUAUAUCCAUAGUAAAAAUGAUAAAUCUAACUUUCGAAGACAAACCAAAUCAUUUUAUUUGUCCGAUGACGUUUUAUAUUAUAAAAAAAAUUCCGUCUGUGUUAUAUUCGACGAAGAACAAAGACAAAGUAUUCUGAAAAUGAUUCACGAGGGUUCUGAAGAGUCGAUAGAAGCUGUUGCGCUGUCAAGUCACCGUGGUAGGGAUGCGACUAUUAAUAUGCUUAACCAACGUUGCUAUUGGCCAUCUAUUACUUCAGACGUAAAAUCAUUUAUUAAAGAGUGUGAUAUAUGUCAACGGGUUAACCCAGCAACAUUGAAAAUAGUGCCUGAGUUGCAUUCCAUUCCUAUACCUAAAAAGGUUUUUAAACAAAUAGGAAUCGAUCUUAUAACUUUACCGGAAGUAAAUGGUUUUCGAUAUGUAGCUGUAGCGAUAGAUUAUUUCAGCAAAUGGUGUGAGGCACGACCCCUUACAGAUAAAAAAGCUGUUACAGUUGCUCGUUUUAUAUACGAUGAAAUUAUAUGUCGACAUGGUUGUCCUAAGGUGGAAAUAAGUGAUCAAGGUAGAGAAUUUUGUAAUCAGCUAUGUGAAGAACUAUUUCGUAUGACGGGAACCUCACAUAGAGUCACAUCACCCUAUCAUCCUCAAGCAAAUGGACUUGUUGAACGGUUUAAUAGAACAAUAAAAAAUUCGUUACUUAAAAUUCAUCUAGAAAAUGUACUCAAGUGGCCAGAUGUAUUGCAAGGAGUUCUAUUUGCUUACCGAACUGUGCCUCAUACUUCUACAAAAUAUUCACCAUUUUAUGUUCUAUAUCAGAGAGAAGCUGUACUUCCAGUAGAUAUACAACAUAACUUAGAAGAAGAUAGCGUGUAUGAUAAUGUUUUUAUAGGAGAUUUUGAUGAAGAACAAUUUGAAGAAACAUUGAAAUGCAUGCUAUCAAUGAGAGAUAAACUUCAAGAUAAAGUGGAAGAAAAUAUCCUAGAUGCACAAUCAGCUCAACGAAAAUCAUACGCGAAAAGACACCCAUUAGCUGAGAAUACAUUUAAAGUAGGGGACAAAGUGUUAGUAAAAAAUCUCCGACGUGAUGACAGGAAAGGAGGAUGGGCCUCGAUGCCAUGGCUGGGUCCAUUCACUAUCCAUGAAAUAAUCAACAACAAGAUAUGUCAGUUAAAAAAUGAUGUAAAAGUAUUAAAAACAAAAGUUUUAAUAAGUAAUAUGAAAAAAUAUUUUGAAUCUGACGGUCAAAAAUUGAAUGAAGAUAUUUAUGUAGAAGAAUUGAAGACAAGCGAAAAAAGUAUAAUGUCACGAAAAGAUAUAAUCCCCACCGGUUCAAAAACCAGGAUGUUUUAUCCAGUGGGUAAAACAUGGCAGCAGACAAAAUGCAGAACAUUAAAAUUAAAUUUCAGCCAACAAGUAACAAAUGAAAUUAUACUUGCAAAAUUCUUGACGGUUCCAUCUGAAAUUAAAAACAUUGUUGGAGAUGGAAACUGUUUAUAUAGAUCUUUAUCGUAUUGGAUAACGGGAGACGAAGAUUAUCAUUUUGCCAUAAGACAACAUGUUUGUGAGAUUGUCAAAACAAGUUCAAAUAUCGAAAGAUAUAUAGGGGGAAAGGAAAACAUGAAGAAAUAUUUGGAACAAAAAACAAUAGAAAAUGAUGGUAAUAUAAAUGUAUAA